GAGCCUGAUCUAGUUGCCUGUACAGUCAUCACCCGCAUCGCGGCGCGCCUGCGGUUGGGCCAGUCAAGGCCCUAUCAGGCCCCCGUAGUCGCCUUUCUGUAGUAGGCGGGGCCAAGGCCGGGGUGACCCUGCCGGAAUCACCGCUGCUAGCAACAUGUUCAAGGUACUUCAGAGGUCUGUGGGGCCUGCCAGCCUGGGUCUGCUCCCUUUCAGAGUCUACGCAGCACCGAAAAAAGACUCGCCUCACAAAAGCUCCGUGAAGGUCGAUGAGCUUUCACUCUACUCUGUUCCUGAGGGUCAGUCUAAGUAUGUGGAGGAGCCCAGGACCCAACUUGAAGAAAGCAUCUCACAGCUUCGACAUCAUUGUGAGCCAUAUACAAGGUGGUGUCAGGAAAUGUACUCUCAGGCUAAGCCCAAGAUGCAAAGUGUGGUUCAGUGGGGAUUAGACAGCUAUGAAUAUCUCCAAAAUGCACCUCCUGGAUUUUUUCCAAGACUUGGUGUUAUUGGUUUUGCCGGCCUUGUUGGACUUGUUUUGGCUAGAGGUUCAAGAAUAAAGAAGCUCGUGUAUCCUGCUGGCUUCAUGGGACUAGCUGCCUCUGUCUAUUAUCCACAGCAAGCCAUUGCAUUCGCCCAGGUCAGUGGUGAUAAAUUGUAUGACUGGGGCUUACGAGGGUACAUUGUUGUAGAAGAUUUGUGGAAGGAGAACUUUCAAAAGCCAGGAAAUAUGAAGAAUUCAUCUGAGGACAAGUAGAAAACUCCGUGCUCUGUUCAUUUUAUUGAGUUUUAGGUAAUCAGGAAACAACACACCAUAAAUCAGUAUUUCUACAGACAAAUACAGAGGAGUCAGCAUUGAAUGUAGUAAAUCGACUUUCUUCUUCAGGAAAAACUAUACUAGACUCUGUUAUCUUGGGAACGGCACACAGCAAGCAGACUAAUCAAAUUCCCUUUACCUAAAGAGACUGUACAGGCCUUAGAACAUCUCGUUCUCAUAUUGCUCUUUAUAUACAGAAUUAAAAUCUCAAUUGAAAAGA